AUGAAGGCACUGUCUCUCAGACUCUUCAUUAUCACCGUUCUGCUUGCGGCGCUGCUUUCAGCUGCCGCCAACGCAGUCAGUGAAAAUCAGAUGAGCAAACGCAAAGCCACAGAAUCAAGGGAUGUGGUUGAAGAGGAGAAGUUGCGAGUUCAGAGCCUGAAGAAUUCGUCAAUGGCAGAAAGGUUGGAGGAUCCUUUGAAUGGACAUGCUGUUGAUAAUCCAGAGGAGAUUGCUUCUAUGGUUAACGAGAGCAUACACAAUUCGACGGCUCGAAGGAAUCUGAAUUUCUUCUCAUGUGGGACGGGGAACCCAAUCGACGACUGCUGGCGGUGCGACAGGCGAUGGUACCUCCGGCGAAAGCGGCUUGCCAACUGUGGCAUCGGCUUCGGCCGCAACGCGAUUGGAGGGCGCGAUGGCCGCUACUACGUGGUGUCGGAUCCGAACGACGAUGACCCGGUGAACCCGAAACCAGGAACGCUCCGGCACGCCGUGAUCCAAGACCGUCCCCUCUGGAUUGUCUUUAAGAGGGACAUGGUGAUUACGCUGAAGCAGGAGCUGAUAAUGAACAGCUUCAAGACCAUCGACGGGCGCGGCGUCAACGUCCACAUCGCGUACGGCGCCUGCAUUACCAUCCAGUUCAUCACCAACGUCAUCAUCCAUGGCCUCCAUAUUCACGACUGCAAGCCCACAGGCAACGCCAUGGUUCGCAGCUCCCCCUCCCACUACGGGUGGAGAACAAUCGCUGACGGGGAUGGCGUCUCCAUCUUUGGUUCAAGCCACAUUUGGAUCGACCAUAACUCCCUCUCCAAUUGCGCUGACGGACUUAUCGACGCCAUUAUUGGCUCCACUGCCAUUACCAUCUCCAACAACUACUUCACCCACCACAACGAGGUUAUGCUUCUGGGUCACAGUGACUCUUAUGUCCGCGACAAGCAGAUGCAAGUAACCAUUGCUUACAACCAUUUUGGGGAGGGACUUAUCCAAAGAAUGCCCAGGUGCAGACACGGGUAUUUCCACGUUGUUAACAAUGACUAUACCCACUGGGAAAUGUAUGCAAUUGGUGGCAGUGCUAACCCCACAAUUAACAGCCAAGGCAACAGAUACCUUGCCCCUGUGAACCCUUUUGCUAAAGAGGUGACAAAGAGAGUAGAUACUGGUGAAUCGGAAUGGAAAAGUUGGAAUUGGAGGUCUGAGGGAGACCUUUUGCUGAAUGGAGCCUUUUUCACUUCUUCAGGAGCAGGAGCUGCAGCAAGCUAUGCUAGAGCGUCAAGUUUGGGGGCCAAAUCAUCUUCUUUGGUUGGUAGCCUUACCUCUGGAGCCGGUGUUCUUGACUGCCGCAGGGGUGCCAUGUGUUAA